AUGGCCGCCCGAAGCAGCGUCGGUAAUGUGCAAUCGACCAAUUUUAUGAAGGAUGGCUUUCAAAGGGAGGAUGACUCUGCGCUGAAAUUUUUUAUCCAGCACAAAGACGAAUUCCUAUCAGAUGAAGCAUGUGGUCCAGACGCCAUAAAAAUGCGUCGUAAGUUGGCCAGAAUAAUAGCCGAUCAGGAGCGAUCGUAUGCCUUGGCCAAAGAAGGUGAAGAGAGAAUGCGCCGAGCGGUAGAGGAAAGCGCUAAAAGGGAAAAGGAAAGAAGGAAGAAUUUAUCCAGGAAAUCUCCGGAUUUGAGUGCUGUCAACAUGCGACCGGUUUCUCCGAAGACAAGGGCUCUCCUCUAUGAUGGAGUUUCACAUGAAGGAGAGGGCAGAGCACUCUACCUGAAUACAAGAUAUGAAAAGGCUCCAGAAGAUAAGUUCCCUAUGAAGUAUCCUACCUCGUGGGACCUUGGUUGGCAUUUUCGCGAUAGCAUUCAAACAGAUGAAGUGAGAAGUUCAAGGUUUGCACGCCGUUCCAUUAUUGAAACCACCUUCUUCACGCGUACUGGUGUGCCAAAGGCCGAAACGUACGAUACCAGCAGCCGAGUUUGGUACCGAUGA